UAGUCUUCGGGUAUUCCCCCCAAAACAACGUCACCAUGGGUCGCGGCCCCAAGAAGCACAUGAAGCGUCUGAACGCGCCCAAGCACUGGUUGCUGGGCAAGAUGGAGGGCAUCUGGGCCCCCAAGCCCUCCCCGGGACCCCACCUCAACCGGGAGUGCUUGCCGCUGGUGAUCAUCAUCCGCAACCGGCUGAAGUACGCGCUCACCAUGUCAGAGGCGAACAUGAUCUGCAUGCAGAAGCUCAUCAAGGUGGACGGCAAGGUCCGCACUGAUGUCAACUUCCCGGCAGGGUUCAUGGACGUGGUGCAGAUCCAGAAGUCUGGCGACCUGUUCCGGUUGCUGUACAACACCAAGGGGCGCUUCGUGCUGCACCGCAUCUCCGAGGAGGAGAGCAAGUUCAAGCUCUGCCGCGUGAACAAGGUGGAGAUGUCGAAGAACAAGAUCCCUUACCUGGUCACCCACGACGGACGCACCAUCCGUUACCCGGACCCCCUGAUCAAGGUGAACGACACGAUCAAGGUGGACCUCGAGACCGGUAAGGCGAUCGACACCAUCAAGUUCGAGAUCGGCAACGUGUGCAUGAUUGCGAGGGGUCGCAACGCUGGCCGCGUGGGCAUCAUGCAGCACAUCGAGAGGCACCCCGGUUCGUUCGACAUCGUGUCGGUGAAGGACGGAGCCGGCCACGUCUUCGCCACCCGCCUGCAGAACAUCUUCACCAUGGGCCACGGCACCCGCGCAAUGGUUUCGCUCCCCAAGGGCAAGGGCGUCAAGCUCACCAUCCUUGAGGAGAAGGCGGCCAAGAUCAAGAAGGCGCAAAACAACUAAGCCAAACCGUAACGCAACGUCUACUUUUCACUCCUACGACAUACGACAUCUCCGACGCAGAACGCCCUAGUGCGGCGCAAUUGCUAUCGGUUGAUUUUUCGGUCUGGAAGGCGCGGGUCUGACAUGUUGCCGAUUUGGUAGGGUUAAGUUUGGUGCCGGUCGGUCGUAGCGGCUUCUGCUGUUGCUGCCGCCGCAGUUUGCGGAUGGAUGGUUCGACGCAGGCGCGUUCUCUCUUGGGGGGGAGAGGCGUGUUGUGUGUUUUGAGGGCUACUGAGAAAACAACUCUUCUUAAAAAAACACGAAAUGAAGCGC